AUGUCUAGAGUUGGUGUGAUGGUCUUGGGGCCUGCGGGCGCUGGGAAGUCUACAUUCUGUAACAGCAUUAUUACACACAUGCAAAAUGUAGGGCGUCGAGCCCAUAUUGUGAACUUGGAUCCUGCUGCCGAACCAAACAAAUAUGAGUUUACUGUAGAUAUUAGAGACCUGAUCUCUCUAGAGGAUGUCAUGGAGGAGAUGGAUCUGGGGCCCAAUGGUGCUCUGAUUUACUGUUUCGAAUACCUUUUGCAAAACCUGGACUGGCUUGAUGAGGAGUUGGGGGACUAUAACGACGAAUAUCUGAUCUUUGAUUGCCCAGGCCAAAUAGAAUUAUACACACAUGUGCCAGUGUUGCCAAAUAUCAUACGUCAUUUACAAGGUCAACUGAAUUUCAGUCUUUGUGCAACAUAUCUAUUAGAGGCACCUUUUGUCAUUGAUAGUUCCAAGUUCUUCAGUGGUGCAUUAUCGGCAAUGAGUGCUAUGAUUCUUUUGGAACUACCCCACAUCAAUAUCCUAAGUAAGAUCGACAUGGUAAAGGAUGAAUACAGUCGUAAACGUUUAAAGCGAUUCUUAAACCCGGAUAGUUCAUUACUUAUACAAACGGCUGAUGCAGACACAAAUCCAAGAUUCCACAAAUUAAACCAAGCAAUUGCAGGUCUUGUCGAUGACUUUGGUAUGGUCCAAUUUCUACCAUUAGAAGCCAAAAAUGAUGACUCUGUCAGCACAAUCAUUUCUUACAUUGAUGAUGUAACGCAAUGGGCUGAGGGCCAGGAGCCUAAGGAACCAAACGAUGAAGUCGAAAUUGAGGAAAUGUAA